AAAUAACUUCGUCGCUUGCGAAGCCGAACCGCACCCGCAGUCUCACUCCCCCAGUGAGAGAGAGAGAGGCCAUGGAAGGCACGCCGGUCUCGCAUGGAUUCCACAUGCCGGCGGAGUGGGAGCGCCACUCGCGGUGCUGGAUCGGCUGGCCGGAACGUCCGGACAACUGGAGGGACAACGCCGCCCCUGCUCAGCGCAUGUUCGCCAAGGUCGCCGCCGCCAUAUCCGAGUUCGAGCCCGUCACCGUCUGCGCCAGCACCGCUCAGUGGGAAAAUGCGCGGAAAAUGUUGCCGGCGAAGGUCAGGGUCAUUGAGCUGGGCAUGAAUGAUUCCUGGUUAAGGGACACUGGACCAACUUUUGUGGUGAGGGACGGAUCUCCGGGUCAUGAGCGGAAGAUAGCCGCGAUCGAUUGGAAUUUCAACGCCUAUGGAGAUAUUGAAGAAGGUUGCUAUGAAGAUUGGAGUCUCGACCUUCUUAUAGCCAAGAAGAUUCUUCAAGUUGAGGAGAUUCCGAGGUUUUCACAGGAAAUGAUUCUUGAAGGUGGAAGCAUCCAUGUAGAUGGAGAAGGGACUUGUCUUACCACUGAGGAAUGCCUCCUGAACAAAAACAGGAACCCGCAAUUAACAAGAGAACAAAUUGAGGAUGUACUCAAGGCAUAUCUUGGUGUCAAGAAGAUCAUAUGGCUGCCUCGUGGAUUAUAUGGUGAUGAUGAUACAAACGGCCAUAUUGAUAAUAUGUGUUGUUUUGUGAAGCCUGGUACGGUUUUACUCUCAUGGACUGAUGACGAAAAGGAUCUUCAAUAUGAACGAUCUAUGGAAGCAUAUAAGGUUCUCUCUAAUGCAACUGAUGCCGCUGGUAGGAAAUUGCAGAUAAUUAAACUCCAUGUUCCUGGUCCUCUCUAUUUGACAGAAGAAGAGGCUGCUGGAGUGGUGCAGGAUGGUUAUGCAGUACCAAGACUGCCGGGUACAAGACUUGCUGCUUCAUACGUCAACUUUUAUAUUGCUAAUCAAGCAGUCAUUGUACCACAAUUUGGGGAUCCAAAGUGGGAUGAUGAAGCUGCUCGUGUCCUAGGUGAUGCUUUCCCAGAUCGUCCGGUGGUGAGAAUUGAGGGUGCUAGGGAAAUUGUACUAGGUGGUGGAAAUAUUCACUGCAUCACGCAACAGCAACCAGCGACUGUUCCCAAGUAACACAACACAUGGCCGACCGCCAAAUGUAUGGCAACAACUCAUCAUAAUACCUUGCAGACCUUGGUGAAGCUCCCAAACCUCUGGAGAAGUUCAUCACCUAAAUCAUCACUGCCAAUUAUUUACGAGAUGCUGUUUACUAUUCGAUAUGUGACUGCUGAUUCCAUGUGUGCUUUGUUCUUGUGUGUUAUAUGAUGGCCCAUGUAUUCUGGAUUGUAUUCUAAUCAUGGCUGGGAGAUGCUUGGAAUAUGUAUGUACCAUCAUUAGUUCCAUCAAAGAGACAUCAUAUUACCUUUUAA